AUCCCUCCUCCUCCUCCUCCUCCUCCUCUUCCUCCUCCUCUUCCUCCUCCUGGUGGGCGGGGCCUCUCAGCUCUGCAUCAUCAUGAUCCAACUCUGCAGCUUCACAAAGAGAAGAAGAAAAACCAUCCGUCCGCUGCUUCUUCUGCAUGUGUGACCAUAGAUCCUGUCUACCAAUCAGAAAGUAGCGAGGUGCACCGGACAGAAAGUUCAGGGUUCAUGGAGAUGAAGCUGAGUGAAGAGAUGACAGAACGGACGAAAAUGUUCAGAUGACAACAGAUGACGCAGUCCAAAUAUGCUGACAUAGCAGGCUGAACGUUGACAGCUCAACACGCCUUUCCUCCCGCUGCUGCUCACUCAUCGUCCGUCCAGCCAUGUUGUUGAGGAGGAAGCUGUGCGUUGCCAUGGUGACCGCUGCCAUCCUCUUCCUCAUGCUCGCCAGUCAGAGUAUCCAGAGGGGACACUUCCUGCCGCUGUCAUUAGCCCUGCCCAUCAGCCGGGCCACGCCCACCGGCAGGGAGACAGUGGUUGAACCCACGGCGCUUCCUGCUGAUCUGACCCCUCACCCUCUUAAGACCCCCCUUCCUCCCCGCGCCACCCAACCAAAAGCCAUGGAGAAGCCUGAAGAGAACUCCCAGCAUGACCUGAGGUCAUGUGGUUGUACCAAGUCCUGUAUUUCAGACCUGGGGGGGUCAGACUGGUUCAGCCGACGCUAUGACCCCAAACAGCAGCCCGUUCUCCGAGACACCAACAACAACUUUGACCCUGAGGCGCUCAGAUGGUGGAUGAGUCUUCAGCGGUCUGGUAACGACCAGUCACUAGAGGAAGUGAUGUCAGAGAUGUUCAAGGUCAUUUCCUCGCCCACUGUGGAUUUCAGGCCGCUCCCCUCUCGUUGCCGUAGUUGCGCGGUGGUCGGCAACUCCGGCAACCUGCGACGGUCAGGAAAUGGCAACCUGAUCGACUCCCACAACUCCAUAAUCCGGAUGAACAAGGCAGUGACUCAAGGAUUUGAGAAAGACGUUGGGAAUCGGACGACGCAUCACUUCCUGUACCCGGAGAGCGCAGUGGACGUAGAUCAUGGCGUCAGCCUUGUUCUACUGCCGUUCAAACUACGAGAUCUGGAGUGGCUGACCAGCGCGCUGUCCACCGGCCAAGUCAAAAUGACCUACAUGAGGGUUAAAGAACGAGUGGAGGCUGAUAAAGACAAGGUUCUGGUGGUGAACCCGGCGUUCUUUAAGUAUGCUAACGAUCGUUGGACCGAGGGUCACGGUCGCUAUCCGUCCACCGGCAUGCUGGCCAUCAUCUUCGCUCUGCACAUCUGUGACCAGGUGUCGGUGUUUGGUUACGGCGCCGACCAGCAGGGGAACUGGCAUCACUACUGGGAGGAGAAUCGUUAUGCUGGAGCCUUCAGGAAGACCGGAGUCCACAGCGCCGACUUUGAAACGCAGAUCAUCCACCAGCUCGCCAAGGACGGAAAGAUCAGUCUGCACCUGUGACACAACCACCGACCUACAUACCUGGUACUGACUGACCUGCUGACUUCCUAACAGGCCUACACACUGCUGAUCUACAGACUGAUGGAUUGACCUACAUAUAGACUUACUGACAUGCUGACUGGCCUAAAGACAGACCCACAGAUCUGCUGACUGACUUACAGACCAGUCGACUGACCUACAGACAUGCUGACUGACGAAUUAACCUGCUGACUGACCUACAGACCUUUAGAUCGACAGACUGAAGGACUGACCUUCAUAUAGACUUAGGCUGCAUUACCAACAGAUCGGGCAUUGCGGCGAUGUGGGAGAGUCACUUUAAAGGUCCAUUGAUUGCAUGACAAUUAACGUCUUUUAUUCCCUCAUGGCUGGUUGUUACAGCACUGGAUCACCGAUUACAUGAUUGGCCACCAAAGCGUGACGUCAACUUCAUUCAAAAGUUAAUUCUGUUUCCACUUUUUUGCCGCAGGCCACUGCGUUUCUUUUUUUCGGCACGCCAUGCGGCAGCCCAAACACACUAGCCUUGCAUUUUCGCUGCACCACCAAAUCUGGUGUGAAUGCAGCCUUACAGACGUGCUGACCGGCCUACAGACCUAAAGACAGACCCACAGAUCUGCUGACUGACCUACAGACAUACUGACUGACCGAUAGACUGCCAAAUGGACCUACAAGACUGAUGGACCGACCUGCUGACUGACCUACAGACCUGCUGUACCAGCCGGACCAAGAACCAGCUACAUCUCGUAUCCAGCUGAGUCUGGUUGAUUGACUGGCGUCGGCACGACGGCUCAAAUUUUGGACAACUCUGGACCGUGUAGGGAUGCCAGAUUUGUCUUGUUUUUGGGAGAUUUGGACAGGAAUCAGACCUGCGUACUUCUUACAUGUCAAUUAUUACGUCUGCCGUGAGACAGACAUCCAGGCAUGCCGUAUUGAAGCCACUUUUGGGCAGCGACAUUUUCACAUACCAGGAUUACCUGUGGACGGAGCCUUUCAGGGGUGGGAGCUAAACCUGGCAUCUCCACCUGGUGGGCAGGGCUCAGAUAUCCUCCCUGUGUAGACUCCUGCUGGUUUGAAUGAGUUCCAGCUCAACUUGAACAUACCGACUGUUUUUCGGGACCCUCCACUAUUCAAAGAGACAGACUGUUCUGCCGUCUGCGAGGAUCGACCACACAAGUUUUGCUCUGAGCGGGAAACAACCACAGACUUUUUAUAUAUAUUUUCUAUUGGAUUUUAUAGACAUUUUACAGGGAUAACCUCUUUUUUUAAUCAAAGCACUUUGCCCUAAAGAAGAAAUGGCACAAAGAGGCCAUGUUACAAGACAUUUUAUAUUUUAUAUCAUUUAUAAUCCAUCCAUUUAUUCUAACUGAAUCUUAACGCGAACCGUCCUGAUGUGGAGGAAGUUGAUGUCCUGACAGACUUGAACUAGAAAUGGGACAACGAUGUUUUUAAGUUUUCUUUCACGUUUACAUUUUCAGAAUGAAAGCCAAUGACGCUUUCUGUCUCGACCAUAUAUGGAGCUGGAGAAGCCUGUGUGAAGUUCUCAGCCUGUGUUCUUCUGUCGUCCGCGAUAGUUCAACAGUCUGCAGGUUUUCAGCUGAUUUCACUGACUAAAGCAGGGACAUUUAAUUAGAAUUUGAUGUGUUUUAAACUAGUUUUUCAGCACCAGUAGAUGACAAAGUUAAUGGUACGCGGUAAAGUUAAACUUUAGAACAACUUUAAGAUGUGACUCAGUGAGUAAAGCUGCAGACUGGUGAACUGCAUGGACAGACGUGAUGUAACUCCUCGGAGUCACAGCUCAGCUGAUGGGAGCGACAAAGACGAGGAGAUCCUGCACGACUUUUAACUAAAGAUUUAUUCAACAAAACUUAACAAGGACAAAGUCAAACAAUCAGUAAUACUACCAGUGUGUGCGGUGCAUGGAUGAGUGGAAAAUGUAGUGCAAUGUAAGUCCAACCAAAAAUAACCAACCAUAUGAAUGAGUAGAGACUGACCAGUAGGUAGCAGAAGAGUCGGUCAGCUUUCUGCUGGACUUCCUGUUAAAGGGAGACGACAGCACGCAGAGGGCUGUCACAACUGUACUGUGAAUGUACAAAAACUGUUGCUGAUUGUCAAUCACAGUCGUCUGGAUGCUUGUGGCUUCGUUUACAAUAUGAGGAGCUUCAGGACGUUUUCACACUGAGAAAGUUUGAGUCUGAAUCUGAGUUUGGUCGUCCAUUGUAGGGGCCGUUCACAUGCUGCGUCUUUUGUGAGCUCAAAUCCAUUUUUGUCAAUGUAGACACACGGCAGACGCGCUCAAAUGCAAGAGCGACGCCAUUGUGGCGAGCAAGUGUCCCCAAGCGUCUGUUUUUCAGGGCGCGCCAGCUGUGUUCUGAGAUAGAAAUAAUUUGGUUGCUUA